GUUUUAAUUUGAAAACUCUUUCUGUUCUUAAGCAGUUGGUCCUGAGGUGGCUGCUGUGGCCCCUCCCUCUGAGUCAGAGUCCUUGUCAGGAUGGAGGCCCCAGCUUCAAGCCCUCUAUCCCGAAUUUUGGGCCACUCCUCCAUGUUCCGCUUUUUCUGUAGCCUGGUGGGGAGCAAGGGCAGCCCAAAGAGCUCAGACAAGCCCCUGCUGGGGGGCCAGUCUUGUCCCUUUCGAGAGCAGGACUCCACCCCUUUGAUGACUGAUCGCCAGGGAGGAGCAGGGAGGAAGGAGUCCAGGCCUCCUGCCAUGCUGCCCUACACCCUCUCUGUGGCCCUGCCACAGCCCGAUCCCUCGGGGCUGGGGCUGGGGGACACAGGAGCCCGGACCCCCACGCCCGUGGAGGUCCUGAGGGUUCUGGCUCAGGGUGUAGAGGUGAAGCCAGUCCUGCCCAGAGGAAGCCAGGAGGUGCUGGGCAACCUGUCUGAGUUGGAGGAGAGGAAAGAGGAGGAGAAGGAGGCAGCAGGGGAUACGGGGACCUCAGACAGGGGCCACUUUGCCCAAGCCUUGGCGGUGGAGCAAGGAUGCUUGCAGAGGGCCAUGGGGCCACUGAAUAUCAGCCUCGAGACCUUCACCAGGGAGGAGGAGAAGGAGUGUCUGCUUGAUGGAGACCUCAGGCUGGCCUCCUGCCAGGUGGGAGCAACUCCCUGGAACCGCCUCCUCAGCUUGUACAAGCAGCUCCAGAAAUCGGCCACGGCCAAGUUCCCUCUCAAGGAAGGACUGCCCUGUGAGGAGAAAGGCAGGGAAGAGGAAACAGAGGAGGAGGACAGCUCACUCAAGCUCUGUGUCCCAGACAUUGUCACCCUCCAGUCGCCGCUGCAUAAGACUUUUAGGUCGACAGAUACAGUAGGUUUCGUGGAGUCGGAGUUAAAGAAGCUUCUGGUAGUGCAACGGGAGUCCCGCCACUGGAAGAUGGGUGGCCAUGAGGGCCGGAAGCUGCUGACCCAGCCAGAGAUCACCCUGGAGGAGGCAGGCAUUGUGGAUGGCCAGCACCUGCUCCUUGAGGAGAUGGAUGAGAUGGGAAACUGGCCUCCAGAGUGAAGCUGGUGCUGGCCUGAGUCUGCCCUGCCCCGGGCCCCUGCAGCCCGUGUAGAGAUGUAUCCGCCUCCUCUUAGGGCACCUCAAGGAGCCCCUGGGGCCAAGGGGUCUUUAAUAAAUGGUGUCCAUGUGUCGGCAGGGUGGGCCUGCCUGGCACACUGUCCCCACUCUUCAGACUCAGGUCUGUGAUGUUA